AUGUUGCGGACUUCGUUGCGAUCCGUCAGGGCCGUAGGCAGCAGGCCCGUUGCUGCUGCCGCUGCCCGCCAAUGGCAGCCCGCCGUCGCGAGAUCUGCCGGUGCAGCUGCGAGGAGAUGCUUUGCCGACGGGAAGAAAGCCUCGAUCGAUGACUCCAGGCCCGUCAAGCUCCCUUCGACAGAGACCAACAGCGCCGCAUCGAGCGAACCACCCUCGCUGAGGACCGAAUCCUACAUUGAUUCCACGAUAAUCGAGCCUAAGGAUGCCCCUCUCACGCCACCAGCACCAGAACCUGUUGUUUCAAGCACGAAAACUGCAGCUCCGUUGCCGCCACCUGCGCCUGUCAAAAAGAAAGGCUUCUUCCGCCGACUGCGCAACUAUGUCCUGACCUUGGUCCUACUCGGUGCUGUGACCUUUGGAGGAGGCGUAUGGUACUCGCGCAUCAACGACAACUUCCACGACUUCUUUACCGAAUAUGUACCGUUCGGAGAGCAAGCUGUGCUAUACUUGGAGGAGAUGGAGUUCCGGAAGCGAUACCCGGGCCAUAGUGUUGGUGGAACUUGGAAUAAGGACACCGGCGCUCAGGUCAAAAUCUCGCCUCAGAGUGGUGCAUCGUGGCGUGUAGCAGACAGUGGCGAGCCGGCAGGCAGGCAGUCGAGCGCCACGCGCGAUGUCGCCGCUAGCAAGACUGCUGCUUCUGCUCCCGGAAGUGCGAAGACCGCCGCCGUCACCGAAGCGAAUCCAGCACCUGACUCUUCCGAGAAGGAGCUGAAGCCCGUCGCAAAAUCGAGCGAAGCGCCAAAGGCUGCUGUCUCCCCGGAUGCUGCUUUUGCAGAGCCCCAGGCGAAGGCGAAGAAGUCCUCGAGGUCCUCGAGGAAGGGCAAGACUGACUUCAAAGCACCCGAAGUUGACGAACCUUCCAGGUUUCCUCCUGCUUCUCCCAUUGACCCUCUGAAGGUCAAGGAUGCCCAGGAGCCCGUCGUUCAGGACCUUGUUAAGAUGCUCAAUGACAUCAUUGCCGUCGUGAACGCCGACAAUGCCGACGACCGCUUCUCAUCCACCAUUGGCAAGGCUAAGAAUGAGCUCAACAAGGUGGGCUCCAAGAUCCGCGAUCUGAAGGCCAAGGUUGAGAGCGAUGCCGCCGCUCAGGUUACGUCGAAGGUCAACGAGUUUGAGACAGCAGCGAACGAACUGGUUGGCCGAGUUGAGAAGGCCAUGAUCGGGCAAGAGAGCCAAUGGAGAGCCGAGUUUGAGGAGGAGAUGAAGCGCAUCCAGUCAACCUACGAUGAGCGAAUCAAGACGGAAAUUGAAAAAGAGAAGCAGGUCAACGAGCAAAAACUGAACAACAAGCUACUGGAGCAGGCUAUAGAGCUCAAGCGCCAGUUCUUGAAGGACGUCAAAAGCCGGGUUGAGGAAGAGCGUAGCGGCAGACUGGGCAAACUGGACCAGCUCAGCUCAUCUGUCAAGGAGCUAGAACAGCUUACGACGGGCUGGAACGACGUUGUCGACGUGAAUCUCCGAACACAGCAACUUCACGUUGCCGUUGAGGCGGUACGUGCUAGCCUGGAGGACGUGGAACACCCGCGACCAUUCGUCCGAGAGCUCGUUGCCCUCAAGGAGAUCGCUGCCGAGGACCCCGUUGUCAAUGCGGCCAUUGGUUCGAUCAACCCUUCAGCCUACCAACGUGGCAUCGCCACACCAUCGCAGCUCAUCGACCGUUUCCGCCGCGUAGCGUCUGAAGUCCGCAAGGCCUCGCUCCUCCCCGACGACGCCGGAGUUGCCAGCCACGCCUCAAGUUGGGUUUUGAGCAAAGUUAUGUUCAAGAAGCAAGGUCUGGCUGCCGGCGACGACGUCGAGAGCAUCCUGACCCGCACCCAAACCUACCUCGAGGAGGGCAACCUGGAUGCUGCCGCACGGGAGAUGAAUGGCCUGCAAGGGUGGGCGAAGACGCUGAGUAAAGAUUGGCUGGGCGAGGUCCGGAAAGCGUUGGAGGUUCAGCAGGCCCUGGAUGUCAUUGCCGCAGAGGCCAGACUUCAGAGCAUGCAGGUGGAGUAA